CAAUUACUUCUCUGGAGGGAAACUCUACUGCAACAGACAGAAAGUUUCCCCUUUCUGGUGAAGGAGAUCGAGGAUGGCUACUCUGGGCACAGAGAGUUUCAGGAGUGGGACUCCAACUCAGACACCAGAAGGGAAUGUGGUGAUGAACUUCAGUUUUGAUGGAUAUCCACUGGAAGAGGAUGAAAUUCAGAUCAAGGAGAGGAAGAGGCAAGGCAGCAGGAUGUCCAUAGUCAAUGAACCAGAUGUUGAGUCACAUCCCAAGGAUAGCUAUCACAGCAUCUACUUUGCAAUGCUUCUGGCUGGAGUUGGAUUCCUACUGCCUUACAACAGCUUCAUCACGGAUGUAGAUUAUCUACACCAAAAGUAUCCAGGAACAUCCAUUGUAUUUGACAUGAGUCUCACCUACAUCCUUGUUGCUCUGAUCGCUGUGAUUUUGAACAAUGCAUUGGUGGAGCUACUCAGUUUGCAUACCCGCAUUACUGUUGGUUACCUGUUUGCUUUGGGCCCUCUUAUGUUCGUGAGCGUCUUUGAUGUUUGGCUGGAACUGUUCACUAUACAGCAGGCAUAUGGCAUCAACUUGGCAGCAGUGGGCAUUGUUGCUUUUGGCUGUACAGUGCAGCAAUCGAGUUUCUAUGGCUACACGGGGAUGCUACCCAAACGAUACACCCAAGGGGUGAUGACUGGUGAAAGCACUGCUGGUGUCAUCAUAUCCCUCAGCAGAAUUUUUACCAAACUCCUGCUUCCAGAUGAAAGGAAAAACACCAUUAUCUUCUUCUUCAUUUCAAUUGGAAUGGAGUUUAUGUGUUUCAUCUUGCACUUGCUGGUGAAAAGAACGAAGUUUGUGCGAUAUUACACUGCUCAUAGUAGCAAAGGCCAUGAACGUCUAAAGGGCAAAGGUCAUGUGGAUCAGGGCCCUGGUUACCGGGUCCAUCAUAAUGUCAAUACAGAGGAAGUAAGAUUUGAAAAUGGUACAAUGGAGAGUCCGCAGUCAGACGGGCUGGAGCAAGAUGUCCCAGUGACUGCAGCCUACAUAAGGUUUGAUGCACCAAGGUCAAAGCUGAGGAGAAACUGGCCAGGUUUCAGAGACAUCAUUCUACACCGGUAUAUCGUGGCUGGCGUGAUAUGGCCGUACAUGCUUUCCAUCGCUCUAACGUAUUUCAUCACUCUCUGCCUCUUCCCUGGCCUGGAGUCUGAAAUUCGGAACUGCACUCUAGGAGAAUGGCUGCCAAUUCUUAUCAUGGCCAUCUUUAACCUCUCUGAUUUUGUGGGAAAGAUCCUUGCAGCUUUACCAUAUGACUGGAAAGGACUUCACCUCCUGGCCUGCUCCUGCACCCGAGUUAUAUUCAUCCCACUCUUUUUGCUGUGUGUGCUCCCAAGUGACCGGCCGGUUUUCAGCCACCCAGCCUGGCCGUGUGUCUUUUCUUUGCUAAUGGGGAUUUCAAACGGCUAUUUUGGGAGUGUGCCCAUGAUCUUGGCAGCUGGCAAAGUCAGCCCGGAGCAGAGAGAGCUGGCAGGUAACACCAUGACUGUGUCCUACAUGUCUGGACUAACUCUAGGAUCGGCAGUGGCCUACGUCACGUUCAGCUUGACCAGGUAAAUGAAGAAAUACUACGGGGUAUUUAAUUCAUCCUACAGAAACAUUGCUUGUUGCGUGCCAUCUCAGACACAUAGACUGCUUUCCCAAUCUGUCUGGAACUUCGUUUUGGGUGUGCUUGUCCUCUAGCAUU